CCCAGCCAUUCGUAGCCCCGGCCUCCUUCCGUAGGUAACGCUUUGGAACAUAAGGACAGCAAACAUUGUGUCUUUUGAACUCUCUUGAUCCUUGAAGCUUCGUCAUCUGCUCUAUUUUUUUUUCUUUUUCUUCAUGACUGAACACCAACCACGAAUUCACGACAUUGCUUUAAUUUAGCGACGAACUGCGACCAUUUCGACUUCCUAAGCUCUCGACAACGUCUCGAUUGCUAAUAACUGGCUGUUGAACAAGUGUAGCUUAGGCGCAGAUCUCUCGACGGUUCUCAACGGCAGCAAUAGAGCUCUAGGGAAGCUCCAGCAACAUCGAUUUGAGCAUCAGCUUUCCGGGAUUUCGGUCCGCAAUAUUGCAACUACUUGUCAGAGCCAACAGAGCUUCUAAUAUUGCUUCACAUCGAUCAAAAUGACGUUGAAGGAGGAAUUCGCGACCCGCAACUUCAGUAUCUACGGACAAUGGCUGGGAGUUCUGAGCAUGAUCCUUUGCUUUGCUCUGGGCAUUGCAAACAUCUUCACCUUUAGGCUGUUGAUCAUUAUCUUCAGCGUCAUUUGCUUAGUCUCGUCCUUCGUCAUCCUUUUCAUCGAGGUGCCGCUGCUGCUCCGCAUCUGCCCUACCUCAUCAACAUUCGACGAUGCGAUCCGCAAGGUCUCGACCAACUACAUGCGCGCGGCCGCCUACCUAGUCAUGGGUGUCGUGCAGUGGCUGUCGCUCCUAGGAGGCGCAUCUUCACUCAUCGCCGCCGCUGUGUUCCUUACGCUCACUGCCAUCUGCUACGCUCUUGCUGGCGUCAAGGGACAGGCGUUUGUUGGUAGCAAGACUCUGGGUGGCUCGGGUGUUGCGCAGAUGAUUGUAUGAUCUUGGUCGGACGCCGAUGCUAUUCGAGAUGGCUGGACUGCUGUGCGAACGCAUGUUAAGCCGGAUGAAUGGUUGGCCUUGAGCCAUUGCGAGAUUCGGUAGGAAUCUCUUUUUCUAUUUUAUUUACAAGCCGGAGGGCUGAGUAUCUCCAUGGUACAUCACAUGGGGUGCUUGUCUUGAUUUCUGGCAGGUGACUGUAUACGUGUGCUAAAAGGGCUUUGUUUGAGAGAUGGGACGGGAUUUUGCGAACAUUCAUGAACUGUGCUGUUCUGGUGUCGUCAUAAAGGCCACCGGGCACUUGUGUUAUGCGGCAGGGUGCCGCGGACUGGACAAGCUGAAGAUUGAUUGCGAGGGCUUAUGUCAUUGAUUGGGUUGUUAACAGUAGGACCUCGGACUUUCGAAUGCCGUUAGGAGUCUGGAGUUGAAUUACAUGAUUCUCUUGCAUUAUGGACGGGCCGCACUUUUGAAAGUGCAAUAGUUAUAGGUCUACGACUCCCUGGUCUAGAAUAAAAGCCUCGUGUUGGAGGAAACUUGGAUUGAUAUCUGGGUUAAACAAUG